AUGCACCCUCAAAAGCGGAAUAAGAUCGUAGGCUUGCAGGACUUCAGCCAUUUUGAAGAGUGUCCACGUAAAGAUAGAAAUGAGUUUGUAAUGAUGCUUCAUCUUCUCGAGAUGAUUGGAGGAUUGAUCUGCCUGGGCUGGCUGCUAGGUUGUGACGUAGGCGUUGGCAUCAUCUGUGGCGGGGUAGAGAGCAUGGGGUUGAUUAGUGGCGGGGGAUUAGGAGGAGGUGUAUUCAAGAUCUGUGGAAGCGUCUGUAGAAUCUGCUGCGCUGAGCCAUUGGACAACAGCUUACCUGAAGCGCUUAAACUAAGAUUGAGGGGUGCAUUCACGACAGGACUUCCUGGAAUGUUCGCCAUGUUGGAUAGACCAGCAGCUAAGGACGCCACUUGUGGAAGACCCUGUAGAGAAGCCAAGUUCUGA